AUGGGGGUGACUGCGCAUUACAUUGAUGAGUGUUGGCGACUGAAGAAGCUUAUCAUAGGGUUCAAACAUGUCAGUGAUCACAAAGGUCAGACAAUCUCUCGGGUUCUUUUAGAUGUCUUGGCUGAUUGGAGAAUUGAGAAAAUAUUUUGCGUAACUGUUGACAAUGCAACAGCUAAUUCAUUCGCCUUGAGAAGAUUUCAUGGCCAGUUCUCUUUAGUGUCUGAUGAUGCACUAGUUUUAGAUGGAGAAUGGUUGCAUAUGAGAUGUAGUGCACACAUCAUCAACUUGAUUGUGAAGGACGGAUUGACUGAUGCUAAUGAGAGUGUGGAUGCAGUCCGUAAUGAUGUAGUCUAUGUUAGAGGUUCAGGAAAUAGGUUGAUAUCCUUUGAGCAGAAAGUAGAAUCUGGUAGAAUGACUAGGGGAAGCUUGCCUUUAGAUGUUACUACUAGGUGGAACUCCACUUACCUGAUGUUGAGUACAGGUUUGAAGUUUAGAGUUGCGUUUGACAAGAUGGAGACAGAGGAUAAACUCUACAACGAUUAUUUUAUGGAGGUGGGGGAUAAAGGAAAGAAGAGAGUGCGACCUCCUCAAUACGCUGACUGGAAAGCAAUCGAAAGACUAGGUCGUUUCUUGGUGAUCUUCUACAACUCUACACUAGUUGUGUCUGCGUCAACAUCUCUCAAUGCUCACAAGUGUUACGAGGAGAUUGUGAACAUAGCCACCAACCUUCUGGCGUUAAGUGAAAGCACAGAUCAUGAGCUGAAGGAUAAGGCUGAGGAGAUGUUCAAAAAGUUUGACAAGUACUGGGAUGGGCUGAAGAACAUCAACAAGAUGUUAAUUGUGGCAACAGUUUUUGAUCCAACAAAGAAGAUGGUGCUGGCAAGCUUGUGUUUUGAUGAGCUCUACGGGAAAGACAGUUUGGAAGGGAAAGCAAUGUAUGAUUCGGUGAUGUCUGUUUUGCGCAGUUUAUUUAAAGAGUAUGGUGCAAGAUAUGGGAAGGAAGCCGGUGGGAAAUCUGAUGAAGCUAAAACUAACAACAGUGGAUCCACUCCUUGUAGUCGAGAACUGAGCAUGAUUGGUACGGAUUUACAUGAUGAUGGUUUAGGUUACAAGCGAAUUGGCCGAAGGUACAAGGAGAUGCCUAAUGAGAUUGGAGUAAAAGAUAAUCGGGAUGAGCUGGAUAUAUACUUGAAAGAAGGAGUUGAGAAUCCAGAUAUGAUGGCUGGUGUAGAGUAUGAUGUGCUCUCGUUUUGA